AUGAAUCUGACUGCAGAGAGCCACAGUAUCCUCCUCAAUGAUGGGAACCGGAUUCCUCUGCUGGGACUGGGCACGUAUGGGGACCCUCGAACGACACCCAGAGGCACUGCUCUCGAGUGUGUCAAACUGGCCAUAGAUGUGGGCUACAGGCAUUUUGAUGGGGCUUUGGUGUAUUUCAAUGAGCAUGAAGUGGGUCAAGCCAUUCGAGAGAAGAUUGCUGAAGGAGUAGUGAAGAGAGAGGACAUCUUUUACUGUGGAAAGCUCUGGAAUACCUUCCAUCCACCAGAGUUGGUGAGACCGGCUCUGGAGAAGACACUGAAAACCUUGAAAUUAGACUACGUGGAUCUCUACAUCAUCGAGCUACCUAUGGCCUUUAAGCCAGGAAACGAGUUCUACCCAAAAGACAAAGAUGGAAAAUACAUCUACCACCACACAGACCUGUGUGCAACAUGGGAGGCUUUAGAGGCUUGUAAAGACGCAGGACUGGUCAAGUCUCUGGGAGUCUCAAACUUCAACCGCAGACAGCUGGAGCUGCUGCUGAAUAAACCCGGCCUCAAGCACAGACCUGUGUCCAACCAGGUUGAAUGCCAUCCAUAUUUCACACAACCCAAGCUCCUGGAGUACUGCCGCCAGAAUGACAUCGUAAUCGUUGGAUACUGCCCUAUUGGUUCCUCCAGAGAUGCAUCCUGGGUGAAUUUGAAAUGUCCACCCAUGCUGGAGGACGAGCUGCUUGUAUCUAUCGGGAAAAAGUACAACAAGAGCAGCGCUCAGGUGGCUCUUCGCUUUAACGUCCAGAGAGGAGUCGCCGUGAUACCAAAGAGCUUCAGCCCAGAGAGGAUCAAACAUAACUUCCAGUGUGGCUGUACCAACAUGGGUAAGCUUGAGCAGCAGAGCGCUCAGCUGAUGGCAGAGAAUGACUGUGAGAAAUAA